GCUCGUGAUCUCUCCAUUUGAAGAUCCAACGGCUGGCAGCCACCCAUACGCUUCCUAUAUAUAGAUCCUCCCAUUUCUCGUCUACCUGCUAAACCCUCCCAUUACUCUAGGGUUUAUCAUCGCUUUCAACGAUCCAAGUACUCCCCAUUCCUCUGAAGGUUGUAACAAUGGCUUUGUUUAGAAAAGCAGCGAGUAUUCUGGGGAGGACUGUGGCCAGCCGGAUAAAUCAGGAAACAUCAGUGCCCAAGCUCUCUAUCUUUCAAGCAAUAAGAUGCAUGUCAAGUUCAAGGGUUUUUGUUGGAGGACUUUCUUACAACACAGAUGAACAAGGUCUUAGAGAGUCUUUUAAUAAAUAUGGAGAAGUUGUGGAUGUAAGGGUGAUCGUUGACCGUGAAACUGGGAGAUCCAGAGGAUUUGGGUUUGUUACGUUUACUUCCGCUGAGGAGGCAUCAGCUGCCAUCCAGGCUCUGGAUCAGCAGGAACUUCAUGGUCGUACAGUGAAGGUUAACUAUGCAAAUGAUAGGCCACGCACAGGAGGCUUUGGUGGUGGAGGCUUUGGAGGCGGUGGCGGCGGCUAUGGUGGUGGUGGUGGUUAUGGUGGUGGUGGCAGCUAUGGUGGAGGUGGCAGCUAUGGUGGAGGUGGUUACGGUGGCAGUGGUGGUGGCGGUUAUGGUGGGAGUGGUGGCUAUAGCGGUGGUGGUUAUGGGGGCGGAGCUGGAAGUGGAGGCUAUCCUGCAGGUGGAGAGAGCCAAACUGGUGGUGAUGUUCAAAACUUCGGUGGCGCUGGGGGCUAUGCAAAUGACGCCAGCUCCGGUAGCUAUGGUUCAGGCGUGAACAACUUUACUGGAGUUGCUGGUGAGGGAAGCUACGGAGACGAGGAUGCCCCGGAAAAUUUUGCUGAUAAACGGGGUUGAUAUAGCAUCAAUCCCCUCUAAUUGGCUUCGAGUAAGAAUGGAAGCUGCAAGAGAUAUACACUGGUAUAUGGGAUAUCUGAUUGUGUUAUCUUCCGGAAUUCCUAGAACUUUUCUAGUUAUAUUUCAUUUUUUUUUUUUCUGAUCAAUUAUCGUUUAUAUUAGGUUUUUAAGUGUUACGCUUCCGGAUCUUUAUUUGGUGUUUGAAAUAAUGACACUAAUUCACCAAAUAUAUUAUUUUCACAGCUA